GAUCGUGGCCCUUGUCAGGGUGCAUCAGCUGGUCAGACGGCUGUGACUGCAGGACAUGCUCAUAAACAUGAUUGCUACAGCUUCUCCAAAGCUGGAAACGGCAUCUGCUCAGUAACAGUCAGAUGGCGCCCCCUUGUGGAGAGACGUCACACUGGCAUGUUCGAUGGAAAGCAUCAAAUGUUUUGUGUUUCUUGGGUUGUGGGUCUUGUUUUCUUCACUGUUCCUCUUCAAUGACAAUGCUGGACACGGUAUUGUCGAGAACAGGCGCAUUUUAAGGUCUUCACUUCAUUUAACGUCGUGAAAACUACAUAACAGAGUUGUACAAAAACCGUUAGACUUGACAUUUACAGUUUUACCAGAAAAUAUAUAACAAGUUAACCACCUCGUGGCUGCCUGUCACUUGGGAGGUCUUCGAUGAAUUACCAGUCUGUAUAGAACUUUUCACAGCUGGUUGACUCCUUUUCCAAGCUGCCUUUUUGCAUGGACAUUGGUUCAAAGUCGAUUAUGAUGUGAGAAUAAACUCCUCAGCCCAAUAUCAAAUCCCGCGAGUUCUCAGGAACUCUCGCGUUAUUGGCGUUAUACACAACUUCAUAUAACAUUGCAAUAUAACUUAGUACUAAACAGCAUAAAAUCAAAUAAAACACAAUUUACACAUUUUAAUAACACAAUUUUCAACCAAAGGUAUUUCCUCCUUUAAACCAAAAAUCAACCAAUCUUGUAACCUUUUCAGUGACACUUACACCCAAUGUGUAGAACAUUUCAGUCUUUCUAAAAACAAUCCUCCUUACAGACUCUGCCGUGUUGCCAUGAUUUUCCCUGUGACCCCCCCGCUGCUGACCGGUUCUGUUUCAGGACGGGAUGCUGACACUCUGUUCUUCAUGCAUUCACACACAGGGACCGUCUACAUGAAGGAAACUUCUAACAUGUAUGUCACACUUUGACAGAAACGAGCCACAAUGAGAAGCAUCUGCCGCUGAGCAGGAGCCCCUCGCCCCAGGGCCCCCACACUCCUCCCCAGGUGGUCCUGCUCAAAGACAUCGUCUGCUACCUUUCACUGCUGGAGAGGGGGAGGCCGGAGGACAAGCUGGAAUUCAUGUUCCGGCUCUACGACACAGACGGGAACGGACUUCUGGACAGCUCGGAGCUGGACCGCAUCAUCAACCAGAUGGUCCACGUGGCCGAGUACCUGGACUGGGAUUCAACAGAGCUGCGGCCGAUCCUGAAGGAAAUGAUGGAGGAGAUCGACUACGACCACGACGGCACCGUCACUCUGGAGGAGUGGAUUCGGGGGGGCCUCACCACUAUCCCUUUACUGGUGCUGCUGGGCAUGGAGACGAACGUGCAGGAGGACGGGCAGCACGUCUGGCGCCUGAAGCACUUCAACAAACCGGCCUACUGUAACUUCUGCCACACUGUGCUGCUGGGCGUCCGCAAGCAGGGCCUCUGCUGCUCCUUAUGCAAGUACACAGUGCACGAGCGCUGCGUGUCCAAAGACAUCGCUGCCUGCAUCAGCACCUAUGCCAAGUCCCGCAGACACACCAACGCCAUGCUGCACGUGUGGAUGGAGGGGAACUGCCCCUCCAACUGCGACCGCUGUCACAGAAGCAUCAAAUGCUACCAGGGGCUGACGGGCCUGCACUGCGUCUGGUGUCAGAUCACUCUGCACAACAAGUGUGCGUCCCAUGUGAAGCCGGAAUGCGACGGAGGCGUGCUGCGGGACCACACGCUGCUGCCCUCCUACAUCUGCCCCGUGGUGCUGGAACGCCAUCACGCUCUGAGGCUGGGGGACGGAGACCCGCCUUCCUGCAUUAACCCAGAUGACUGCUGUCAGAUUCUCAAGUUCUCCCCAGGUGAUGGUCAGGCUCUACAGAUCACCCCCCUGCCAGGAACCUGCCCCCUUCUGGUCCUCGUCAACCCAAAGAGUGGAGGAAGGCAGGGAGAAAGGGUGUUGAGAAAAUUCAGGUACCUGUUGAACCCGAGGCAGGUGUACAGUCUGGAACAAGGGGGGCCGAUGGUCGGGCUCAACUUUUUCCAUGAUGUUCCUGAUUUCCGGGUCCUAGCAUGUGGAGGGGACGGCACGGUGGGCUGGAUACUGGACUGCAUAGAAAAGGCCAACUUCAGCAAACAUCCCCCGGUGGCCAUCCUCCCUCUGGGCACAGGGAACGACUUGGCACGCUGCUUACGCUGGGGAGGAGGUUAUGAGGGCGGCAGCCUACUAAAGGUUCUGCGGGACAUCGAGCACAGCGAAGAGGUGGUCCUGGACCGCUGGCACAUUGACAUUGUCCCCUGUGACCAGGAGGAGAAUGGUGACCCCGUCCCCAACAGCAUCGUUAACAACUAUUUCUCCAUCGGAGUGGACGCCUCCAUCGCCCACCGCUUCCAUCUGAUGCGGGAAAAGCACCCAGAAAAAUUCAACAGCAGAAUGAAGAACAAGCUCUGGUACUUUGAGUUCGGCACCACAGAGACCAUAUCUGCAACCUGCAAGAAGCUGAACGAGUGCAUUGAAGUGGAGUGUGACGGCGUGACCCUGGACCUCAGCAACACAUCCCUGGAGGGCAUUGCUGUUCUUAACAUUCCCAGCAUGCACGGCGGCUCCAAUCUGUGGGGUGAGACCAAGAAAAGGAGGAACUACAGUCGCAUGAGCAAGAAGGUCACAGACAAAAUCCCCUCCAUCACUGUCACAGGUGCUAAAGUGCUGAAGUUCUGCAUGCAGGACUUCAGUGACCAGCUGCUGGAGGUGGUUGGUCUAGAAGGAGCCAUAGAGAUGGGGCAGAUCUACACCGGACUGAAGAGCGCCGGCCGAAGACUGGCUCAGUGUGCCAGCGUCACCAUCAGGACCUCCCGACGGUUGCCGAUGCAGAUUGAUGGUGAGCCCUGGAUGCAGCCCCCGUGCACGGUCAGGAUAACACACAAGAACCAGGUCCCCAUUUUACUGGGACCUCCCCAGAAGACCCCCUUCUUCUUCUUCUUCAAGAAGCAAAACCGCAGCUAUGACUAGGACUUGUUUAAAUACAGGAAUACAGGAAUGCAAGCAAGCAUGUGCAAACCCACCUGGGCUGCUGCUGGUGGAGCAGCUCCUUCAGACGAGCUGGUUCCUCCACUUUCUGAAAUGGCAUCUCUUACAAAGGAACCUCAAACUUUUUUUUGGACUUCUGCAAAGUCCAAGGGGCUACCCAGGGCUACCCCCGCCACCCCCCAUCCCGCACAUUCAUACACACACAUAGGGCAGUUUAACAAUGGAGUUGAAUGGAGCCUUGUGUGGCAAGCCACUAAGCUCCUGCUUCUGAAUGAAUUAUGAAACAGCGUUCACUCACAGGCACCCCCACAGGCUCACAACCCGCAACAGACGACACGUCUCAUCCAUUAUUGACCUGCUCUGUUUGCAAGGCUGAUAGUGGGGGCAUGAGUCAACACAAAUACAAACACAAAUACACUACAAUACUAAAUGCCGGUGGGUGGAGUUUGCUGGAGUUUCAGUUUUUUCUCUGCUCCAACAUUAAAGUUCAACAUGAACUACAUCCAGUGACGGUUGUGGUGCAAAACAACUGCAGUAAGUAGAGGAUGUUGUGCGUAGAAGCUACAAGACUGUUUCAUUUAUAGUUUUUAGCUCUGCAGUACAUAGCUGUGGCAGAAUGUAACUGUUGCAGUAUGCAGUGGUUUCAAAAUUCAGCAGUUGUCGUAUGCCGCUGUGGCGGUAUGCAACGGUUGGAGUAUGCAGCGGUUGGAAUAUGCAGCGGUUGGAGCAUGCAGUGGUUAGAGUAUGCAGCGGUUUCGGUAUGCAGCGGUUGCGGUAUGCAGCGGUUGGAAUAUGCAGCAGUUGGAGUAUGCAGUGGUUAGAGUAUGCAGCGGUUGCGGUAUGCAGCGGUUGGAAUA